UAAAAAUUAUAUAAAAUACGAUAAAUUAUAUCGGAUAAACCAUCAAUUUUAAGUGCUUUAGAUUAAUGUGCUAGUGAUAAUGACGAAACCAAAGUACGAACUCAUAAAUAAUCAAAGAAUAAAUAAUAACAAUAAUAGCAAUAAUAGAAACAUAUUAGCAAUCGGCUUGUUAUCAUUACUUUGCAUCAUUGUUUUCCUCGCUGUAUUUGCUACAUGGAGCGAAAUAUAUAGUUACAAACGAUUAUUGAUACCAAAGAAAACAAAAGACAUUCCAGCUCUUUGGCAUUCAAGAAUCAACUUUUACACCAAGAAUCAAAGUAACGCUUCAAGCCAUAAAAAUAAUAUUAGUGAUAAAGAUGAAGAUGUUUAUACACAACAGUCAAAGUUUGGAAAUUAUGUUUAUUCGAGUGAUCAUGAAAAGCAUUCAAAGCAGCAUAAAAAGAAGCUCAUAUGUUACUAUACAACAGCUCGCUAUGUAUCCAAACGAAACUAUAUUAAAAACGACUCACCACUUAAGAUUAAAGAUAUAAAUCCACAUCUUUGUACUCAUUUGAAUAUCGGAAUCAUCGAAAUCUCCAACUGCACGCUUCUAUUGGAUGAUGAUUUAAUCAAUGCUUUCAAAGACGGAAAUCUCUUAAAAAAACAAAAUCAAGAUCUGAAAAUUCUUCUAUGGGUUGGUGGAGCAGACGAGUCAACAGGUUUCACAGAGAUGGUCGCAAAUCAUACAAAUCGGAAAAGAUUCAUUCAAUCUUUAAAAGAAACUUUGAAGAGAUAUUCUUUAGACGGAGUUGAUCUUGAUUGGGAAUUUCCAAAUGGAUCGAAUCCUCAACGAAUACAUUUUAUGCAAUUGCUUCAUGAGAUACGAAGAGAAUAUCAAAGGGAGCAUAGCACAUAUUUGUUAUCGCUUGCAGCUGCAGCACCAAGCACAUUCAUCGAUAUGUGCUAUGACGUUCCAAUGAUAAACGACAAUGUUGAUUUCGUUAAUGUGAUGACUUAUGACUAUCAUUUUUAUUCGAAAGCAACGCCGUAUGUUGGCCUCAACGCGCCACUUUAUGCAACCUCAAGGGAAUUUGGAAUUUUCGCAACAUUAAAUAUUAAUUAUACAGUCAAUUAUUGGAUGUCAAAAGGUCUCGAUCGUUCAAAAAUUAUUAUUGGAUUGCCGACUUACGGUCACUCCUUUCGACUCGUCAAUCCAUUCAAUACACGUAUUGGUGCGCCCAGUGAAGAUUACGGAAGUGUGGGAGUGUUAGGAUUUGUGAGUUAUUCUGAGGUGUGUUGGUUUCAAAUCAGCAAUUUUAAUGUGAAAAUUGAAUACGAUAUCGAAACAUGUUCGCCUUUCCUAUCAGCCGGGCUCGAGUGGAUAUCAUAUGAAGAUGAGAGAAGUCUCGAGUGUAAAGUAAACUACGCAAAAGAUAAUCAUUUCGGUGGUAUAAUGGUAUUUUCAUUAAAUACCGAUGAUUAUCAAUACACUUGCGACGACAAUUACAAAUCAAAUCGUGGCGUGGGUGGUAAAAGAGGUUUCCCUCUCUUACGUAAAAUUCACUCAAUUCUUUUCAAAAAUACGACAGCAAAUUAAUUCAUUUAUUUACUUCCAUCGUGUUUUGUUUGCCCAGGAUCCUAAAAGUUAAUUAAUUUAAUUAAUGGCUUAUUUUUUUAUCCUUAGGCUUUCAAAAAAAAAAAAUUAUUUUGAUUGAUAUUUUAUUUUACAAAGUUGAUGAUCUCCAAUUUAUUAUUUCGCAAUUUAAUUAAAUCGAAAUUUAACCCACAGCUUUAAUGAAAGCUUUCGUUCUUCUUCUUUUUAUGCUUAAAUAUUGUGCAAGAAGAAAAUGAAUGAUUUUAUAAUGAGAGUCUCAUUUUAUACACGUAUAUUUAUGAUUUUAAUUAAAUUUAACGACGAAGAAGGCAAGAAAUCUCAAAAUGAUAAUAAUAUAUAAAUAAUGAAAAGUGCAUCUUAUUAUAGAAUUGAUAUAAUUAAAAACUAUAAAAAGUUUAAUCAAGAAACAUAGAAAUUUGAUAAGCUUUUAAUGUUAGGACAAAAGAAAAAAGGAAAUCUGCUGCUUCUGCUGUAAGCCAUUAGUAGAUUGAAUAUAUUUACAUUUUAAAUUAUUUUUAAUAGCUUUAAUGAAGGAGAAAACGUUUCAAUUGGCGUCAAAACACUUUUUUUUGUUUAAUCUCUUGAAAGCAAGGUUGCUGUUGAUGAAUAACUUUGCGCUUGUUUACUAUGUCGAAGAAUUUAUUUAUUAUUUCUUUUUUCUCUCUUUUCUAUUUUAUCUUCUAUGAAUAAAACUAACUUAUUCAAGGGAGUUAUUCAGAUGCCUUGUAACAGUUUGAUAAGAGACAUACUUUUUACUUUAUUGAAUGAAUGAAAGAUUGAUUUAAUGCGACAAGCUAUCGUAAUAGCUUCCUUACAAGUGAAUGUUUGCUCGUAGUAAAAAUCAGUCGAUAAAGCUUUAUUAUUAUUAUUUCCAUGUUUCCUCCUCUCGCUAUUAAAAUCUUCUCUUUCAUUAUGAAUGAAGGAACACAUAUUUUCUAUGGUAUUCAUUGAGAUGUCUAUCAAAACAGUCACCACCUUCUCAUCCUCCUUUCCAUCUAAACGAAUCCCGCAUUAAACUUUUCUGUCAUCUCGUUAUUAUUCAUGAAACUUUUCUAUAUUUAUUCCCAUAUGUUUCGGAAGGAAAAGUUUUCGUCUCAAAUGUGCCAAUCCAAUGAUUAACCCGACGAGGAUGAAAUUAUAAUCUCAAAGGAAAAUAUUAAGAUAAAAUUAGAAGCUUAAGGGGGAGUUUAAAAGUCUGCUCCAUUAAAAGUACCUAAAAACUCUAGUGUUGAAUAUUAAAUUUUGAUUAUGGUCUGGUCACACUGGCUUUAUGUAUGAAUAUGCUGGUGAAACUUAAAAUUGAAAGCUAUUAAAAAAAUUAAACAUUCCACCGCCAUUUCUGGUAAUAUUUCUUUCCUUUCUUUACUUCUUGCUUCUUCUAAAAAUCUAUUCUAUGUAAAAUGUGAUAUCGCUGAUGCUUAGUAAACAGCACAGCAACAUAAUAUGUAUGUGCAUGCGAAUAAAAAAGACAAAAAGAUACUGAAACGAAUCAAUACCAUAAAUAAAAGUUUAAAUUACGAAAAAGAAAGAUAAUAACAUACCUAGCUACACCUAGCAAGCGUAUUUUAAUGGUAAACAAAGUGAAAGGAAUUCCAAUUAAAAGUUAAUCCAUUUUUAAAUCAAUACGAACAAAGAGAAUGAUAAAGCAAACAGAAUUGAAUCAUAAAGCAAUUUUACGAGCAGAUCGUAUAAAUACCUAACAAAAAUGAAAAAUCUAAGAAAGAAAUAAAUAAAAGUUUGCAAUAAAAAUAUUUAAUUAAAUUAUGUGAACACAAACACGUAAAUAUUAAUAAUAAUUGUAUUCGUUAUACCCUCUAAAUUAUUGCCAUAUUGUUGUUGUCGAUAAAAGGGGAAAUCAUUAAGAUUCCAAUAAAAAAGAAAAACAAACAAUAAUCAAAUAAAAUUUCCUCUGAAAAUCAAAAACAUUUUUCAAUUGAAAUAAAUC